UCUCGUGAAGGACGGAGUUCUUUUAUAUUGUCCAUUCCUCACCCAGACGGACAGACACAAGUCUUCCACAAAAAAAAAAAAAAAAAAAAAUUAUCUAUCUUCCCCCACCCCACCCCAAAAAUAUUUAUUUAUUCGGAAGACAAUAUUUGUUGACUUUACUCGCAGAACCAUGAGGAACGCCGUUGCCAUAACCUUUUGGAAAAUGGCACUUCUUGGACACCUCAUGAUUAUGUCCUUUCCGUUAAACGAUGGCAAAGACAUUGUAAUAGUGACCAAGUCGUGUCCUGAAACCCUUACCGAACAAGGGGACAUAAUUAUUCUCGCUGACCAUAUAAGGACCCAUCCCUUCGCGUCGUGUCGGCACCAACAUGAGCAUUAUUUUGAUGAAAUAGCGAUCGCGGUUUACCGUUUGCAGUUCCAGUUGAAUGGAAACUGGAAACGUUCCUGUAUUGCAAUGCUCCAAACAACAGGCGGUUAUCAAAUUGAAAUAAUUGUGCCAUCGGAAGGCACGCCUCUUACUGGUCAGUCUCAGGUCCUCAAUGUCACCUGUCCAUCUCCGCAGCUGACAAACUCUCUCACUAUCGAUGAUUCGCCCACAAAUAGAAAAACACAAUCCGGGCAAAAUAGUUCCUAUUUCUUCAACCAAUCAAAAACCGAAGAGGAAAUUCUUUGGAUGGAUGACGCUUCAUUUGGAACUGAGCCGGUGCCAAUAAUAUUGUCUGCACAUUACGAAGUGGAGGGAAACUGGGCCCUAAUUACUUUGUCAGCCAUGCUAACCAAUACUCAGACUACUGCGAAAGGAAUAACUCCUGUCUGGUGUUUAGCACAUUACAGACGAUCAAAAAUCGUCAUUCUCAAUAAUGGGUGUGGCAAUGGAACAGUUAUUCCAAAGAUCUCCGGUUUCCACGUGGCCAGUUAUGUAUCCUGGAGUCCAGUAUUCAAGUUACCUUUACAUUCAAGUCAGUCACCGUUGGAGAUCGAAUGUCAGUUCGGUUUAUGUAAGACAAAUGUGAUGGGUUUUCCUGUCGAGGGAUUCCAGUGACAACAGUCGGUUCUAGAAUCGGUAGAACCAAACUUUACAUAACGUCACGUCUUCCUGGUGAGUCUGGGGUGACCGAAAUCAUCCCAGCUGGACGUUCCCCAACGUAUGGACUGGCACCUUCUGUGGAACUCGAUGACCGACCAUCCUUCCCUCCACCGAAUCGAACCAGUCUCAGUCCGGUUGUCAUCGUGAUUCUGAUCCUUUUGGUGCCAGCUCUUUUGUUUUUGGUUGCAACAGGAAUAUGGUGUCGGUUCUUCAACAAGUCCGCCGAAUACAGCGUCAGAAGAGCGAUUCGAUGAGAAGCUUUGGGAUAUCGAUUAUGGUGUGGCGUAAUAUUUAUUGAGAUUUUGGACAGUUUUAUGCUAAGUUCUACACACACACACACACACACACAUAUACACACACACACACACAUAUACACACACACACACACA